AUGCUCUCCGUCGACGUCCACUACGACGAGGCCUGGUGUCCUGUCUGCGACAGACAGAUCAUCCCAAAGCGAUACACCGUCCCAGUCCAACCCCCCAAAGACGAGCCACAACGCACCAAGGCUAACAAGGGAAAGGGAGGAGGACUUGUCCAUGGCACCGGACACAUCAGACCGGCCGUCGACUCGAGUCCCUCAAAGAACCGCUCCAGAUCCCCUCCCUCCCAACAACCACCCUCAAAAUCAGCCCCUCAGCCAAAACUGCGCACAGUCAUCGACCAGGGCCCUAUUCCUUUGUAUUGCUCCGACGAGUGCAGGUUCAAGGAUCUCGCAAGACUCGACGGUGCCUUCUCCAUCGAUUACAACCCAAAUAGCGCUUCCCCACCCUUCCCACCAGUGCCACACAACUCUUUCGACCGCUCCGUGCACUGCGAGUCCGAGGACGAGUCCAGCGGCCCCGCAUCGGUCUCGCUCGAAUCCCGCUCCUCCUCUUCUGAUUCGGGCCCCGUCUCUCCCAGUUUAACUACCCUCUCUGCUAUUUACGGCUUCCCCCCCCUGCCUCCCGCGCCACCCAUUCUACCCACGUCAAACAAGCCCGAAUCCUCACCUGAGCCCCAGCAUCUCCACGAUUACCAAAGUGGCGUAAUGAUGUCCGCCAAGCGUAUCGAAGCCGCCCUUUGUGUGCCCCAGUCAGCUAAACGUCCCUUCUUCAACCAGCCACAGCCACCUCGCAAACCCAUUCCAGGUUGGACUGAUGGCAGUCAAGAUUGGCGUGAAUCCGUCUACAGUUUCUCACCUCGCCCCUCUUCCACAGCCACCCCUGGCUUGGAAGCAAGGCCAUCCUUCGCCGCCUCCUCCCAUCGCGGCGUCCAAUGGUCAUCCAGCAACCCUGACAUCUGUAAAUCACCUAGUUCCCUACCUCGUUCGAGUCGGUCAGAGGCAGACCAACUCGAUGUGAAAGCCAUCCUACCCCUCUCCCGCCGCCCCGAUUCACGCACCUCUUUUACUCCAUCCACCUCGUGUCCGAGCCAAUCCGUUCCGCCCCUUUCUCCCACCUCCACGACUUCCAGUCGUCGCCGUCGUGACAACCUUCUUGCAAAGGCCGGCGGUCGCUUGCUUGUUCCCAAUGUCACAGUUCCUCCUCACAGUUCAUCGAGCCAGAGCGUAUCCUCGUGCAUAAGCAGUCCCCUUAGCCGAUACCCCAGUGAAGUCAGCGAGGACAGCAUGCUCAAUGAGGAGCGCAGUAGUUCCGGCUCGGCCCCCUCGCAACCAUCUGUGUCAGUGCGUUCGUGGUCAUAUGACAAUGUCAGGACCUACCCUGUCAUGAUGCCGCCUCCAAAGAAGGAAAAGCGCAUUGUGACCCGUGUUAUCGAUGGCGAAACCGAGGAGGUCGAAGUCGAGGUCGAAGUUACCCCCCAGGUGAAACGUCUCUUCCUUUUCGCAGGAAAGGAGGUCAGUUGCGAGCAACCACAGUAUUGA